GAGUAUGGGAACACAGUGUUCCUCUCUGACUUGUUCAAAUCAGCAAAUCGACAUCACUAACCACCACACCACCUAGUAAAAAUAAAAAACAACCGACAAACAAAGCUCCUUUCAGAUUCAGUACUACACAGCACAGCACAAAAUAGAAUCUAUCUUGAUCAUCAUCAAUUCAUCAUCAUCAUCAUCAUCAUCAUUAUCAUCAGUGUACUACUAGAUUAGAUCUCAGAGAUGUCACGGGGUGGUCGAUCUGAUUCAGGAAUCUGGUUACGCUGGUGUCUGGUUCUGUUCGCGGUCGUGUCGGCGUUGGGUGUUUGUGGACCUGCUCUCUACUGGAGAUUCAAGAAGGGAAUCGCCAUUCGCGCUUCCAAUUCUUGCCCUCCAUGCCUCUGUGACUGUCCUCCUCCACUUUCUCUCUUCCAAGUCGCUCCUGGGCUGGUCAAUCUCUCUGUCUCAGAUUGUGGGGGCAAUGAUCCGGAUCUAAAGGAGGAGAUGGAGAAGCAGUUCGUGGACCUCCUCACAGAGGAGCUCAAGUUGCAAGAGUCUGUUGCCGAAGCUCACAGUCGGCACAUGAACAUAACUUUCGCCGAAGCAAAAAGAGUAGGAGCUCAGUACCAGAGAGAAGCAGACAAAUGCAUUGCUGCAACUGAAACAUGUGAGCAGGCGAGAGAACAAGCUCAGGCCAAGUUCAUCAAGGAGAAAAAAAUGACUUUGGUGUGGGAGCGACGAGCACGUCAAAUGGGCUGGGAAGGAGAAUAACUGCAUCAAGUUUUUUUUUUUUUAAUAUUUAUAUUCUUUAUGGUCAUAAUCAUGAUUUUGUAAAAGCAUGCAAGCAAAAUGCUCUAGUUGUCAACAAGUGUAGGCUAAUAUUCUCCUCCUACCAUGUUUGUAACUGUAUCGCCUAUGUGCUAGUAUCAAACAAUUUUCACUUCACAUAUGAUACCAAUGCUUUAUACGUGCACUAUUACCACGAUACAGAUACUGCCCCUUGGGCUGCUUCAAACUCAUCAAAUAUGUUACUGGUCUGAAUUAUAUUAUAUACACUAUUUUCUGUUUCCAA